AUUGAAGAUACUUGUAUGGUUUACAUUCCUGGAGAUUUGCCCAUUCCGGAGCCGAGUAGCAGUUAUCUUUCGCCUUUAUCUAGUCAUUUGCUGACAGCCUGGAACGCCUCUCGGCCUGCCCACUCUUUGGGACCGUCAUCUUGUGCCACCCCACCUGCCAACUUGACUUUCCGUGGCUCCUCUGCUCUCGGGUCCUUGUUUCGAGCUAUGCUACGUUCUCCAGUGGGGAUUUCGAAUAACUUACUUCCCGGAGUGGGACGCAAUCGCCAGCUCAACGACGAAAUGCGUUACCUACGGCUUUUUCAAUCGGUUGACUUAUCGAGCCAUUUUUAUUUCAGCUAUACAUAUGAUCUAUCGCAUUCCCUCCAAUACAAUUUGCUUCAUGUGAGUCUAGGGGCAUAUUUUGAUUGUUAG